GUGUAGAUAUAAGUAAACCCCAAUGUUCUUGUAAUGCUUGUAAGAAUCGGGAAAUUUGGUUGAAGUCACAGAAAAAGGCUUCAACUACUGAUCGCAUCAAUAUGACCGCUAUUGGCGUAAUUAUUGGUUGGAUCUUCUUUUUCUAUCUGGCUUAUAAAAUUGCAACAAUAAAAGUUGUUGUUGAAUUAUGGGAUCCAUAUGAAGUAAUGGGAGUUAGAGAGGGUACUUCGUUGGAAGUCAUAAAAAAAACCUUUAAGGAAUUAAGUAGAAAAUGGCAUCCCGAUAAAGCUCCCUUAGAUAAAAAGAUUGAAUUCGAAGCGAAAUUUAUCGACAUAUCCAAGGCUUAUAAAGUGUUAACUGAUGAAGAUAUUCGUAGAAAUUUUGAAGAAUGGGGCCAUCCAGAUGGAAAGCAAGCUUAUUCCUUGGGUAUUGCUCUUCCUAAUUGGUUGGUUGAAGCAAGAAACAGUCCAAUUGUACUUGGCAUCUAUGCUGUUGUCUUUGGAUUGUUACUCCCUUUUACUCUUUUCAUAUUUUUCACCAAAAC